AUGUCUCUCGCCGACUAUCUCGCAAAGAACUAUCUCACAGCAGACUCGGAUAAAAAGUCGAAAAAGCGCAAAAGAAAACACAAGGAUGGUGGUCUCAAAAUCGACGACGACGAUAUUUCUGGCUGGAACAAGGGCGCAGACGAGGACGACGAUGAUGCGCCAACCAUUGCUGGAAUGACACUCUCAUCCAAGAAAUCCAAGAAAAAGUCGAAACACGCCGAAGACGCAGCCUGGAAAACAGUCGGUGUUGCAGCGCCCUCGCACGCCACACAACUCGCAGCAGAUGAAGCCGCAGCAGACGCCAUCAUAGCAUCGGCUGCCUCUGACCGCAAACAGGACGCUGAAAACGAAGAUGAAGCGCCAGCGGUAGAAGACACGGAGGGCGUAUUCAUGGAGUCUGGAGUUCGCGCUGGUCUGCAGACGGCAGAGCAACUCGCCGCGGUCAUGAAGAAAAAGCAAGAUGAGGAGACGAAAAAGGCAGCACAGGUGGCGAAGGAGGGUGGCGCUGGAGAGACCAUCUACCGAGAUGCCAGCGGACGGAUAAUCAAUGUAGCUAUGAAGCGCGCAGAAGCGAGGAAAAAGGCGGAAGAGGAAGAAAGAAAAAAGCUAGAAAAAGAGAGGGCGGCGAGAGGAGAUGUGCAAAACGCGGAGGCGGCGCGACGGAAACAGCAAUUGCAAGAUGCCAAAGGCCUAACGAUAGUACGGUAUGCGGAUGAUGCCGAGCUUAACGAUGAGUUGAAAGAGCAGGGAAGGUGGAACGACCCGGCGGCUGGCUUCUUACGCAAGAAGAAAGCCGGUCGGAGCAUCACAGGCAAGCCGCUCUACCAGGGGGCUUUCCAACCAAAUCGCUACGGCAUCCGCCCGGGUCAUCGGUGGGAUGGCGUUGAUAGAGGAAAUGGAUUUGAGAGUGAAUGGUUCAGCUCCAGGAACCGGAAGGCCAAUAUCGAGAAGCUGCAGUACCAAUGGCAAACGGACGAGUAG